UUGUCUUUUUUUUACCCAUUUGUCAUUCCUAGGCACUGACGAACCCCUUGUGACGUCAGGCUGUUCGAUCGAAGUGACCAAUCGGAGGGCGGGAUUUCCUAGGCCUAUCCCACCCCAACCCUUCCCCCUGACGUAAUCGCGUUCCGUUACCAGGCUGCUUUGACGUUGAUUUCGCGCGAAACUACACAGCGUGGCCCAGGCGGAAGGAGCUGGGCGGUCACGCAUCCACGUGAUCCAGCACGCCCGAGAGCUCGAAGCAGAAACCAGUUCGGUACCGCAUGGGCUGGUGCAAUAAACACGUGACAGGAGAAUAUGUGAAUGGGCUUGUAAUAAAUGUCAAUCACAUCCUGCUGUUAGAGUGGUCUUUGUGAUCCAGGGGACGUUUAUUAAAGGACAUUUAAGGCACUGGCAAGGCAGGAGUAAGAGGUCUAGCGCCCCCCGGCGGCGUGUGUCGUGCACGGCAGCACGAUUUCUCUCGUGUCUCAGGCUUUCACCCAGAGAGACGCCCGACUCUGAUGGGUGAGACGUUAAGACUCUGAGGUAGACGUCUGGCAGGUCACGAGUAAGCACGCGGUGAACCUCUCUGUACCCGAUCGUUUAAGUGAUCAAGAUUCAUUUAUUCGAUUCAUUGCAUCGGCAUCAAGAGCUACAACACAGAAAACAGUUUCCGAAGUGAAAGUGCAGUAGACCCGACGGCCGUCACGGGAAAGGAGAUGGACAGCGCGGACUGCCCGCACCAGAGCCUCACAGCGAAGUGAAAACUCGCACAAGGAGUCCAGAACGUGACCCAGAUUACACCGGGUCCGAGUGAAGCGUCUUCUGGUGGCGAGCGGGAGAAUUACAGGCGGUUGCACCGUGAGAGAGCUUACUGUUCGCCCAAGGGGUUGUGUCUGCGUGGAUGUGGGAAAUCCACGCGUGUAAAUGUCUUGCCGAGACAGGCAGAAAGUACGACUCCCGGUGCAGUGCACCGAAAGGGGGGAAAGUCCAGGGAGAGAGAAUUGAUGAUUUACCAGGACUGCUCUCACGCAGCGCCGGGCGCCCCGCUGGGUGUGUGGAGAGGAAUGCACAGUGUGCGCGACUGCUCUGCCCCUGAGCGCCGUGUCUUCAGCCCUUCAGCCUGCCUGGGCUGUGGCUCAGACCUACCUUCCUCCGGGAUCAUUGCGACAUGGAAGGUUGUGUUUCCUGUUUCACAAAGCGCAGUGCAAGCGCGGUACUGGCUGGAAAGAGCUCCAUGUGGCUUAAAACGCGCAGUGCCGUUGAACGGCUUAAGAGGGAGUCAGGGCGAGAGGAAAGACGAGCGAGCACUGGCGAGCAGCGGGUCUGAGGUCUGGAGACCCCCCUCCUCCUCUUCUCCACUGGCUCCCAGUGCCGCGCUGACCUUUACCUGCACUUCCGUGUCGGUGCUUCCUCUCACCUGUCACAGGUAACUGCUCGCUCUCUCUCCGGCGCACACCUGUCGCGCUCCUGUGGCGGAGCCGGGCGGGUUUCCGCAGAUAUCAGACAGAAACAAGGGGGCACCCGGCUGGGGCGCAAUGAGCACCGCAGAGGCGAGGGGCGGCCCGCUGACGGCCGUGUCCCCGUUGGACAGCGGCACACCGGCGGGGGACAGCGCCCACAGACACCCGGGGCCCAGCACGCCGACAGCUGGCGCUCCGUCCGCCGCCACCCGCCGGAACGGGGCCAACGGCGUCAAGAUCGGAGCCGCCGAAACCGGCACCAGGAGCCCAGACCGGGCGGGGGAGCCGGCGCUCAAGGGGGCAGGAGCGAGGGAAGGCGAGCCGGGCCGGCGGGGUGCAGAGCAGGGGCCGGAGCUGGCCCAGAGAGCUGGUGCGGUCCGGAACCAGCUGGUGGACACGUGUGAGAAGCUGCAGCUGAAGGCCCUGCGGAUCGAGCGCUUUGUGAACAAUGUGCUGCCGCCCCACGAGCUGGACCUGCAGGGCGGGGCCAGCCGCGCGCGGGACGCGGUGCUGCGGCGGCUGGCGGCCGUGCGCGAGGCCUGUGACGAGGAGGAGCAGCGCCUCCUGGAGGCGGUGCAGCGCGAGGAGGAGCGGGUGCAGCACAGCCUGCUCACCCAGCGGGCGCACUGGGCGCAGGCCCUCGGCUCGCUGUCCGCCGUGCGGGCCCAGCUGGUGCGCCUGCUGACGGAGACCGAGGACCGGCAGCUGCUGGACUGCUCCCAGGAGAUCUCGGACAGGGUGGAGGUGGCAGAGGGGGUGGGGGAGCCCCAGGACUCCGAACACUUGACCUUUAACCCCAGGAGCAGCCAGAGCCCGUUGCUUUUGAACCUGUGGGCGAAUGCAGUGCUGCUGUGUCGCUCUGGUCAGUGCGACCCUGAGCCCCUGAGCUUUGACGAGCGGACGGUCAGCCCCCUGCUGUCCCUCUCGGACGACGGCCGGACCCUGACUUUCCUGCCCAGGCGCGCGCGCCAGCCCCAGCAGUACAGCCCGCUGCGCUUCGACCGCUGGCCCAACGCGCUGUGCGGCCGCAGCUUCUCCUCGGGGACGCACCGCUGGCUGCUGGAGGUGGGGCGCAGCGCCGCCUUCAAGGUGGGGGUGAGCUACGGCAGCCUGGAGCGCAAGGGCCCGGGGAACGGGGCCCGGCUGGGCUACAACGCCCACUCCUGGGUCCUGUCCCACUUCGACGGCGAGUUCUGCUUCCUGCACGCGGGCCGCGCGGAGCCGCUGCCCCUGCUGCGCCGGCCGCGCCGCCUGUGCGUGCUGCUGGACUGGGGCGGCGGGGCGCUGGUGUUCCUGGAGCCGGACAGCGGCGCCGUGCUGCACGCGCAUCACCAGGUCUUCACCGCCGCCCUGCACCCGGCCUGCGCUGUGGCCAACGAGAGCAUCUCCCUGCUGGACAGCUGAGAGCCGGCCUGUCCCUCCCGUCCCUCCCGUUCCUGCUGUCCCUGCUGUGCCUCCUGUCCCCACUGUGCCUCCUGUCCCUCCCGUCCCUCCCGU